UAGAGAAACAAGUGCAGUUCUUAUCUAAAUAAAGAUGGAGGGACCGAGACACCAGCACUUUGCUCUACUUCCUCUGGCAUUGUCUAUACACUCCAGCUUCUGCUUUCAUGGAAACACGACUCAAGCUCCGUCCUCAACUCAUACCAGUACCACCGACAAAAAUGAUACCACAUCUAACGGGGAAUCUUCAUUUAUGGUCUACAGGAUCACUCUGAUCAUCAUUUACACCCUGGUGCUCAUAGUGGGAAGUGUCGGCAUGACCCUAAUGAUCAGUGUGCUCAAAUCAAACCUGCGCUCAUGGACCACCAUCACCUUUUUCAACUUGAUCAUAGCCCACGGCAUCUUCUUGGUCACCAUCCCUUUCCGCAUCUACUUCUACGUGACUAACAGCUGGGAUCUGUCCAUGACUUUCUGCAAAGUGGUCAGCAGCAUGAUUCACAUUCACAUGCAUGUGGUCUUCAUCAUCUAUGUCAUCAUCCUCACCAUUCAUUUCUUGUAUUACUUUAAAAAAAUGGAGGAAAGGGAGUUCUAUCGGAAGCUGCAUGCCAUAGCAUUUAGCAUCAGCAUAUGGUCCAUUAUGAUAAUCGUCGGCCCUGUGGUCUUGCAUCAUUAUGGGACACGUGCGAAUGCCACCGAGCACAAAUGCUUCCACUUUGGUACAGAGCUUAAUAAAAGCACGGUAUUUGGUUGGAACAUUUUUUUGUCAGUUAGCACAGUCAUUGUGUCAUGCAUCAUGAGCUGUAUGCUUACAGUCAUUCUCUACUCGAUGAUUAAAAAGCACGGUGCAUCUUCAUGGGCUCAGCAAGAGUUCUGGGCUCAGAUGAAGAAUCUCAAUCUAGUGCUUAUCAUGCUCUUCUGCCUGGUGCCAUAUCACCUGUAUCGGCUAUACUAUCUGACCAAUACUUCUGGAUUACAGUACGAUAACGAGGUGUUUCUGGCCAUCACAUCCCUUACCUGCUUCGACAUGAUCCUUGUUUUUGCAAGGAAGGGAAUAUGGCAUAGGUGUGGGUGUUAACUGCAGAAAACUGUCUAACUGUUCCAGGAAAGGAGGAUGAGAACAACAGUCAUACUUUACUGCUGAGAUCAAACUGAACGAUAGCGAUCUAAAGUGGUGACAACUGUUACAUCCCUGGCUCUUACCUUAUGAAUGCUGUGUGGAGAAAGGAAAACAAUUUCUAUGAUCCCUAUGAAUUCUGCUGAUUCUCUUAACCUCAGGCAUUUCAGAGACAAUAAAAAGCAGCUAGCUUGCAUAAGGUGAACUGCCUUAUGCUAGUUUUCUUAGACACGUUAUUUAAAUGUACAAUUUAAUAUUUAUAAAUUUCUUACUAGUACAAAGGAACUGUAGAAAUAUAUAGAACAAGAUUUUUUUUUAAAUGCUAAUUGUUUAAGCAGUGGCAUAUGCACAAGUGUAUUAUCUCCUGUUAGUCUUUUUAUAGACAUGCCAUAACUCCUCUUCAUCUCAGUCUGUUCAGAAAGGGCUCAUGGACCUUGAGAGCAAUGGUUCUUAAAGGGAGUUUGUGAACAACUACUUCUUCCUCCACAACACACUGUUAUCAAACUUAUAUUUAUUACAGAGCAUGUUUUUUAUAAAGUUGGGGAUAAAUAUCACUGUACACAUUUGAAU